GGAGCAUUCAAGAAUCACUCCCUCCACCAUCAGGAGGGACCACAGCGGCCGAAGCGAUGGGGCGGCCGAGGCCCAAGAGAGGAGAACGGCGGAUCGACGCCGCCAUUGACCACCUCUCCCAGUACGGCUUCGCCAAGCCCCAAAUCCGCAAGAUUAUCAACAACCUCUUGCAGCUGUACGGGAAAGAUGGGUGGUUGUUCCUGGAGGAGGCGUCGUACCGUGUUGUGCUUGACAAACUCCUGGAAGAACAGGCGCAGGAUGAUCAGAAACAAGAAGCAGUGGCUGCAGAAGAGGCAUCACCACCACAAAAUGGUAUGGAAGUCGCACUAGUGCAUGACGAGGCACCAAAUGGAUCUCAAUCAGCCCUUGAACUGCAAGCUUCUCCAAACAGUUCACCUCCCUUGGAAUGUGUACUGCCACUGGCUCCAGCCAAAGGACCUCCUCGUGCAAGGCCACCCUGCUAUGGAUGGAUUAGUGAAGAGUCCGGGAGUGACAGUGAACCAGAGGAUAGAGAAAUGCUUUCUGAUGUAGCAAGGCCUGUGAUUUUCCCAAAAAAGGAUAUACCAAAUCCUGUGGAAACAUUGCCUUCUAAGAGGAAGCGGCCAAGUAGAUGGGAUGUCUGAGAUUAGGACUGACCAAAUUUGCAAGAUGGUGGCCUUCAAGGAUCAACUUUCACCUAUAACAAGUACAUACAUAGUGUGUCUAGCUGGGAUCAAGGCAGGAUGAGACAAAUGUAGCGCUGAUUGGUUGCAGACUGACAGUAGAACAGACUGCUGCUGUUUGUGUUCCAGAGACGACAAAA